CCCGGUGCGCGCCCUCAUCCUUCAGAGUGGCCCCGUCAGAGCGGACGGACCAGAGAGCUCCGAGCCACAGCAGCGCGCUGUCCCCGUGGCCCCCAGCUGCAACUUAAUCCUAAUUAAUACCGAGGAGGCUCCGGGAGGAGGGCGACACUCGGGCAUCCCGGGACCGGAGGGAGAGAGAGCGAGAGUCUCCGCGAGCUCCUCGCGCAAAAGGGAAUACUCGGUGUGUGUGUGUGUGUGUGUGUGUGUGUGUGUGUGUGUGACAGCGGUGUCAAAAGACUGUGGACCCGAGAGGACAAGUGGGGACUGACGGAUCCCGUGAAGUUUCUCAGGGUCCGAAGCUUCUUUUUUUGGGGUGUCUUUCAAGGACCGGAGAGAAAGUGUGGAGGAGGCUGGUCCCUCUCCGGUGCGUCGGUCCCCUCCUGAUGGACCGAGGACGGUGACACUCAUGUGGAAUAGCAUCCCCCUGUUUUCACCUGUGUAAGACGAUAUCUGAGACCGAAAUGCUGCCCUGCAUCCUUUUCAUCGGCUUGUUUCUCACCGCAGCCCGAUCCCAAGACAGCCAUCCCUCCCAGGCGUCGUCCAUAAGCGAGUCUUGUGACGCCUUGUGCUCCUGCGAGGACAAAGAUGGCAUCCUUCAUCUCAACUGCGAGCAGAGGAACAUCAGCAAAAUCUCCCAAAUCAAAGUCCCGGCAGGUGUGCCCUUCCACCUGAACCUUUACAAAAAUGACUUGGUUGAGCUCCGUGCCGAGGAAAUGGAGGGGCUUAAGAAUGCCCUUUCGCUGCACAUCGGGGGUAAUAGCAUUCAAGAGCUGGAACCGGGAGUCUUUAGCACUCUCCGUUCACUGAAAAAAUUCCACAUAAAUAGCAAUUUCCUCGUAACUCUGAAAGAGGACACUUUUCAAGGUCUGGUGAAUUUGGAGUUUCUCCAAGCCGACACAAAUUUCAUCCGGGUCAUCGAGCCGGGGGCCUUCAACAAACUGAUCCGCCUCAAGGUCCUCAUACUCAACGAUAAUUCCAUCGAGUUUUUACCGAACAACAUUUUCCGGUUCGUGCCCCUCACCCACUUGGACCUACGUGGCAACAAGCUGCAGACGCUGCCUUUUGUCGGCUUCUUGGAGCACAUCGGACGGAUUAUGGAACUCCUCCUGGAGGACAACGAGUGGAUCUGCGACUGUGAUAUUUUCCAUUUGAAAAUCUGGAUGGAGAACAUGAGGGCCCAGUCGGCGAUCGGCGACGUGGUCUGCAGUACCCCGCAUCACCUUAAGGGGAUCAUUCUGGCUAAAGUCAAGCGGGACGUUCUCUGCCCGUCCCACGCCGACAUCAACCUGGAGGAGCCGUCGAAGUCGCUGGAUAUGGUCGUCACCCCGUCAUCCAAAGUGCUCAACGACGCCAAAGACGACGCCAAGGUGCCGACGCAGUCUCACGUUCCCGGCAGCCCGUGCGUGGAGCUCUGCUCCUGUCACGAUCACCCCGUGGCUGGCUUUCUGAUGCAUUGUCAGGACCGAGGGAUUCAAAAAGUAUCGGAAAUCGGUAUACUCCAGCAAAGCCCCACUAAACUAGUCAUGACGGGGAAUAUGAUCCAGAAACUCUUGAAGUACGAUUUCGUCACAUACGACGGUUUAGAGUUGCUCAACCUGGCGAACAACAGAAUCGAUUUCAUCGACAACGAGACGUUCCUGAGCUUGAGCAAUUUGAAAAAACUCUACCUGAACGGCAACCGGAUUGAAAAACUGUCCUCCGCGAUGUUCGUGGGGCUCCACAACCUCGAAUACCUGUAUCUGGAAUACAACUUUAUCAAAGAGAUUGCCCCAGGCACAUUUAAUCCCCUGCCCAACCUGAAGCUGUUGUCAUUAAAUAACAACCUGCUCAGCUCUCUGCCGGCGCAGAUAUUUCGCAAUGUGCCCCUCACCAAAUUAAACCUGAGGAAAAAUCUACUCAUGCACCUGCCAGUGAGCAACGUGCUCGAUCAACUCGACUCGCUGGAGCAGAUUUAUUUCGAGGACAACCCCUGGGACUGCAGCUGUGACUUGCUCAGCCUCAAACAAUGGGUGGAGAAACUCCGGAAGGACACGGUGGUGGGCUCCAUUUUGUGUCACACCCCGAAGAAAGUGGUGCAGUCCGAGCUCAGGAGCCUCCGUCACGAGACGCUGUGUCCCGGGCUGGGGACCUACUACCCCGCGUCCCCUGAUGGGGAGGAGAGCGCGGCGGCCACCCCGGGGCCCGACGGUUUGCUCGGCUCCCUCAUGGACACCGUCCCGCUGUCCGUGCUCAUCUUGAGCCUCCUCAUGGUCAUCCUCUCGAUCAUCUUCUGCGCGGCCGGCUCGGUGGUGUUCGUGGUGCACCGGCGGCGGCGGAGGGCGAAGAAGAAGGCGGCCGAGGAGCAGCAGCCCCGGGAGAACUCUGGCAGCUCCUCCACGCCCAUCCACCUCCACUACAGCAUGUACGGCCAGAGGACGACGCACCACACCCUGACGCAGAGGACGGGGUCGGCCACGCUGUACGAAGAGCGGUCGCAGAGUCCCGCCGUCCAGAUCUGCCGCAACCCCACCUACUGCUCCCAGCACAAGGAGCACGACGGGGAUUUGGACUACGGCCUCGACGACGCCGGCGCCAAGCACCACCUGUGCCGGAGCAUCAUGGAGAAGGAGAACACGUCCCCGCUCACGGGGAACGCCGGCUUGAUGUUCCGACCGAUGGCCGGAGAGUGCCCCGCCGAGUUCGCCGCGCUGGGAAACCCCACCGCCCUGUACCGGAACAUUCUGGAGCGGGAGAAGGAGCUGCAGCAGCUCGGGAUAACGGAGUACCUCCGGAAAAACAUGCCCCGGCUUCAGUCGGCCGUGGACAUGCAGGUGCCGGGGCACCAGGAGGAGCUGAAGCUCAUGGAGGCGAUUAUGUACUCGCGACCGCGCAAGGUCACACUCGAGCAAACGAAGAACGAGUACUUUGAACUCAAGGCGAACUUGCAUACCGAGCCGGACUAUUUGGAGGUUCUGGAGCAUCAAACUACAUUUAACUGAACUUAAAAGAAAACAACUAUAUAUAUAUAUAUAUGAUGUUUUCAACCAAGUGCCUUGUCCUGUUGGUCCUCCUUUCCUUUCCACAGUGUGGUGUGUCUGUAUAUAAAUAUAUAUAUAUAUACAUCAUGGGCACAUCACGUUAAGUUUAAUUGUAGCACAGAAUGUAACUGGUUUAGUGUGUGUUACCUUUUAUUCCGUUGACAGCCAUGUGAUGUAGCUGGUGAACGGCGUCGUCAUGUAGGCCAAAUGUAACUUAAAGAAGUGUGUGUGUGUGUGAGGGCUGAAACCCUCUUUGAACUCAACUCAGUCAGCUUUUGGUGAUUAAAUACAUUUCCAUGGCGCACUGCCACUAAAUUAAUUGAUCUGCAAAGCUCACACACACACAGACACAGCAGUCUGACAUCCUGAGGAUGAAGCAGAUGUUUGGUAAGAAGUCAGUGAAUUCCAAUCGCUGCUUGACCCAGAAUUGCCGUUUAAUCAGCCCACCCUGACUCCAGAUGUGACCUGAUUACGCCCUCUGUCAACAUACGCCAGCUGGAACGCUGGAACCAGAAUGCUCAUUGUGCCGUAAAGUCAGCAACUGUACAUUGGAAAACGGCGAUAAGAGUGUGUGUGUGUGUGUUCCAUCCAGUUCACCGCACAGGUCCUUUUAUUUAUUUUUAUACUCAAACCGGUGACAUUCAGAGUAGGAUGUUUGAUUUUCUGUCAAUCGAUAAAUCCAGCACUUAAAAAAAAAAGUACAGUGUAUUAUAUUGUAAAAUCUUGUAAAAAUAAAAGAAAACUGCAUUGCACUAAUCAAAUGCCAUAGGAUGGUGCAUGACAAUCAACAAAGUCCUACUGAAACUUUAGAGUUCUUUGAGUUUUUCUGUUUUCUGAUCGAAAAAAAAGAGUCACAAACAUGUACGAACAUUCGGUGUGUGUGUCGGCGUAUGCAGAGAUGUGGUGUUUUCACAACGUCUUCACGUCCGACGACACUCCAAACGGUAUUCAGGAGCGCCCCCUGCUUCCCCCGGGACCGACUCGAGGGGGGGGGGGGGGCGGUGUUCAUGAACCUGUUUGCCCAACGGCUCCGGUCCACCCUGCCGACAACCUGCCGACUGUUUCCUCUGCUUCAAAGCGACUGACAUUUGCGAUGUUGACGUUGUCAGAAUUGACACGGCGCACUCCUUGGAACACAUUCGAGACGGUUCAUGUCAGCACACAUACACACACACUGUAGCUUUUUCUACUCGACUCAUUCGAAUGAUUCUAUUUAUUCUGUAUAUUUUGUACAUACCUAUGUUCCAUUAUAUCCUUGUUUUAUGUGUGCCUUCAGUGCUGUACAGAAUAUAAACCGAAGCUGUAACUGAAAACAGGAAAUAAAGAGUUGCAAUAUAAACAGAAAAAA